GCCUCCACUGGCAGUCCUGCUAUUCAUGGGUUGAGGCUUGACUGCCCCAGUGCCGCCCUUCCUCAUCCUCCGCCUCCGCGUUCUCCUCCUCCUGCAGCAGCAGCAGCAGCAGCAGCAGCAGCAACAGCAGCAGCAGCAGCAGCAGCAGCAGUUUCCUCUUCCUCACCACUUCGGCAACCUCCGCCCUGUGCCGUCGCAUGUUUAGUGAGUGCAAACUAA